AUGCGGAAGGUAAAGUCCUAUUCAUGGAACCAAGAGACGAUCCAAUUCCAAUAUGUGAUGACGACCCAGAAAUUACAUUUAAAAGACGGAUUUGGCCGACAUGGAAAUGUCGAACCUGCACUGGACGACUCCCUCUUCGCCCUUGGUGAAAUAGGGACAACACCGCCCUUACAUCUAUUAGCUGGGGAGAUGGAUAGCGAGGAGGAUGACAGUCCAAAGUAAGUAACUUCAAAAUUAUCCUUAUUUCGGUGUCGAUAUUAAAUCCUCCCACUUGUUCUUAAAGAAUAACAGGAUCACAUAAUGUACACGUACGGAAUAAGUGGGGGUUAUCCCACUUUAUCAAAAACAAAGAAGAAAAUUUUCUCCUUAAUACUUGUACCUAGAUUCUAUUAUUAAUGCCUUAAUGACCAAGAAACCAUUCCCGACCAUAAAGCAAUUAAGUAAGUGUUACGAAAGUUAUACCCCUCCUUCGGCAAUUUUUAGCCAAUCGCCGUCGUUUUCGAGCCAACUUUUUCGCUUGGCUAAAUUAUUCUCCAUUAUAUAUUAUUUUAUCGAAGACAAUUAUUGCUGGUUCUUGCGGUAACGAGGGAUAAUUAUAAUCAGUACUAUUCACUAUGUCCUUUUCAAAAUUGUUCUUGCAGUAACGGCAUUGCUCCAAGGCACAAAAAGAAGAAAAUGGUUGGUUUAUAGACAGUACUGCUGUUGUUAUAUAUAGAACGAUGAUAAUAACGAUACAAACGGGUACUCUUUCGCCCUAAACGCCCAUAUGAUUUACAUAUUGUAACUGUCUGGUGUUCUUUACAGGAAAAUAGCGCUACCUCGACUGAGACGGGUACCAGUAGGUUAUCGGCAGACCGAGGGCGGCAUUUCCGCCAGAACUACUUAGCCCAGUCAGCACAAGAACAGGUCAGGAAGAUAUAAUAUAUAGAUUUAGGCAAGCCUAAAAGUGGAGCUCACAUUUUUUUUUCCCGCACGUCUCUUCAACAAAACUAAAGCCCCUACUAUGGAUAAAGUUCGUGGUAAUACUAGUGGACUUUCAUUCGCAACUUCUCCGUGUCCAUGUAGAGGACUGAUUACAAGAUAGUGCCCGUGGUACAGUUGGCCGCGCAUGCUAAAAGUAGCACCUUGUACGGUCGGUCGUACGGUCGUACAUACAAAUUUUCUCGGCUUGAUGGGUUACUACUAUUUUGUAUAAUUAUGGGGCUACGAUUUGCGAGCUCCGCUAUAAAGAAAACAUAAUGUAGACCGAUAAAUGAUAGCGCUUUUUUUUUUAGGCAAAAUCUUCAUCACUGAAGUAACGGCAAUUGGAGUUUUGAUUACUUGAGUAGACCGUUUUCCAUAUAUUAAGAUUCAGACUUGCUUCCGAGGUUUGGGGGAACAAAACAAAAGCAAUAGCAUCGAAGUUGAAGUAUGAAUAAAUUAUUUCUUUUGUUUUAUUCCCCCAAGCCUCGGAGCCAAGUUAGAAUUUUAGCAUAUCGAAAAUGGCCUAUUGGCUUUCUACUGACCGAGCUCUACACUGUCCUGUUCUAGCUAAGUGACCUUGUAUGUCUUACUUUGACUUGAGAAAAAGUUUGACUCGAUAACGUAUUCUUGUAACGGUCGCAACCGCUUCAAACCUGCACAAAUAAGAAUUUGGGAUUGAAAUUAAAUCAGAAAGUGCAAAAACUUCCCUUUCAGCACUGUCUUUUAUUUUAUUUCAAAUACCUCAAGUGAACAGUAUCUUUGUUCCCUGUGUGUUAUCUUAUCUGAUAAGGCAUCCACGUAGGUUUUUGUUAAAUUUCUGUCGGAUGUUAAAAUUAGGCCUCAUUUUUAUUUGAAGCAGACGGCUACUCUAGAGUAAAGUAAUACUUAAUAAACAUAAAAAUAGCAAAUAUUUUCAAAUACGCGAGUACUUCUGAGAAAAACGGGGGGGGACUUUUUUUAAGACGGAAGGCAGAGAUGAAAACCAGGAGCUGGAGGGGAAGAGCCAAAGCAAUACUCAGGUGGCGAUGCCCCCUGAUGACAUUGUCGUAGUCGGUAAUAAUACCACUGAGGAAGAGCAGCAAAGCAACUCAGAAUCACAUUGCAAGUAAGCCUCUCAUUAGUGCACAGAGUGGACGUGUUUGGGUGAGCUUAAUUUUUAAAAGAGAUUUUGCCACUGUUUAAAGAAGGAAAACUCGUGACACACCCUUUUUUGACACAUUUAAAUCUUGCGCCAUAACCAACGCCUCCUUCACUUGAUGUAACAUUUGUAAACAAUUAAAAUGAAAACAUUUUUCUACAGGGUCGUAAAGAUAGGGAGAGUGCAAGUUAUGAAGGACAUGAUAAGUCUUUUCAAAGACAAAGCUGUCGUUGACACCGCUCUUAACGUGGUCAUGAUCAAUUCUUUCGGAAAAGAAGAUGGGCUGGAUAAUAGCGGCGUUUUCCUUGAUGAACUUUCCGCGUUUUGGAACUCUUUUUAUGACUCGUGCACUAAUGGUGAAGACGAAAGAGUUCCAGUCAUCAGGCACGACUUGCAGGUUGCUGAGUGGGAGGCCAUGGCCAGAAUAAUCGUCAAAGGGUAUCGAAAAGUUGGUUUUUUUCCAAUUAAAUUAGGCAAAGCCUUUACAACAGCCUGUCUCUUUGGCGAAGAAGCUGUAAAAGAAGAUCUUUUGUUGGAAUCCUUCCUGGCUUACCUCAGUAGUGACGAAAGAGAACUG